GCUCGUCACAAACAAACAUGGCGUCGUGCUGCGCCGUCGCGGCUUCCCUGGUCGUGUUUGUAACGAUUUCGUCCGUUUUAAUCUCUUUCUGUGCCUCCGGUUCGUGCGCGACGUGUCCGGCCGCGUGUCUGGCCGCCGUGACCGGGCUGGUGACGCUGUGGUUGCGGCGGCGGGACGCCGGCACCGACCGGCGGGUGUGCGUGCUGGUGCUCGGGGAUUUGGGUCGCAGUCCCCGGAUGCAGUACCACGCGCUGUCCCUCAGCAAACACGGACACCACGUGACGUAUGUCGGGUUUCUAGAUACAAAACCUCAUCAAGACGUUCUGAGAGAAGAGAAAAUAAAAAUAGAGGCAAUAACGGAAGUGAAGGGAGUUCAAUUUGGCCCAAAGAUCUUCUCCUACGUGACGAAGGUGAUCCUUCAGAGUCUGCAGCUCCUCCAUGUUCUGCUGAAGAUGGAGACACAGUCUCACAUACUGAUGCAGAAUCCUCCUGGGCUGCCCGGCAUCGCCGUGGCGUGGCUCGUGUGCGUCCUGCGCGGCAGCCGCUUCGUCAUCGACUGGCACAACUACGGCUUCACCGUCAUGGCGCUGAGCCUCGGGCGCACGCACCCGCUGGUCCGGCUGGCCGAGUGGUACGAGCGCUUCUUCGGCCCUCUGGCCGCUCGCCACCUGUGCGUUACCACGGCGAUGAAGGAGGACUUGCAGAACAACUGGGGCAUCAGGGCGACCACGCUGUACGACCGGCCGGCCGCCGCCUUCAGAGAGACGCCGCUGCAGCUGCAGCACGAGCUCUUUGUCCGGCUGGCCGCCACUCAUCCUCAGUUCCGGAGCAGCGGGUCGGAGGAGGAGAAUAAGAAGGAGGAGAGGACGGUUUUCUCUGUCUGUGACCUCUCUGAUGACUCGGUGACCUUGAGGGCGAAGCGACCGGCGCUGCUGCUCAGCAGCACCAGCUGGACGGAGGACGAAGACUUCUCCGUCCUCCUGGAGGCUCUGCAAGAGUACGAUGGUUUCAUCUCCGGAGGAGAAGCUCUGCCGUCUUUAGUCUGUGUGAUCACAGGUAAGGGGCCCCAGAAGGACCACUACAGGAAGCUGAUUGACUCUCUGCAUCUGGAGCACGUGGAGAUCUGCACUCCGUGGCUGGAGGCCGAGGACUACCCCGUGUUAUUGGGUUCAGCAGAUCUGGGUGUGUGUCUCCACAAGUCCACCAGCGGUCUGGAUCUCCCGAUGAAGGUGGUCGACAUGUUCGGCUGCUGCCUGCCCGUCUGCGCCAUCCACUUCAACUGUUUAAGUGAGCUGGUGAAGCACGAGGAGAACGGUCUGGUCUUCAGAGGAUCGGAGGAACUCGCCGAGCAGCUCAAGUCCCUCCUCUCAGAGUUUCCCAGUGCGGCCGGCAGGCUGGGCGCCUUCAGGAGGAACCUCCGCACCAGCAGGGGGCAGUGCUGGGAUGACAACUGGGACCAGAACGUGCUGCCUCUGAUGGCGGCGCGCUGAGGAGCCUUCAACAGGACGCCAGGACUUUCAAAAUAAAAUGCAUCCGCACUUCGUGACAUCGAUGAAAAGACUUCAGAGGAUUCCAGAGUUUUAGACGUGGAGACGAUGAGCUCAUAAACAUUUAUUAUUACAUGAUAACAUCAUUUGUACGCACUUUAAAUCCUCCUCCACUCAACUUGUUGUGUUUAUGAAGAUUAAUAAAUGUUAUUCUACUU